AUGGUAGCAAACCCGGAAAAUGAAGAGCGAGAGACUUCCCGCCAUUCAAGGAACAAGGAAUGCAUAGUCAAAUCGAGUGAAAAGUUAGUGUUUUCAGUACCGCGACAUAUCAGAAGAUUUGCCAGGAGGAAGGAGGCAGAGAAAGGUGAUCGAAACCCGAGAAGCAGCUAACAACAUCACACAUCAUGUCGGGGGCGAGGAGGUCGCGAGGAGGCGGGCAGCAGGAGGCUAGCAGUCAGACCAACGGGCGGCGGGCGGCAGACCGAGCAGCAGAGAUGGCCGAGGAGGAGGAGGGGGGCGCCGGCCCCUCAGGGUUCCAGGAGGAAGAUGAUGACCCGGCACGGAGGAGGGAGCUCCGCAGCCGAUACAGAGACCUCAUCAACAACGUUCAGCAGAACCGUGAGGACAUGUUAAGCCCUGCCAAUAAUAGGCUGACGGAUGUUCUGGAAGAAGCCAACAGACUCUUCGUCAAUGUGCGGCAGGCCAGGGAGGCAGCCCUGGACGCUCAGCUGCUGGUGCUGGCCACAGACCUGGGCAAGGAGAAGGCCAAUCAGCUGCACGCCGACGGCGCCGCGUUCGACCUCGCCGCAUACGCAGUGCACCUGCUGUCCUUCAUGGGCAUCAACCGUCUGGAGGGGGAGGACGGUGAGGACGAAGCGGAGGGGGGCUACCUGCCUCCUGAUGCCUGGCACCGGCUCAACAAGAAGGCCUCCACCUGCUUCAGGGUCGCACCCUCCUUCCACUUCAUGUUGGGCUCAUUUGAAGCGGCACCCCCUCAACCCCGACAGAGGAUUGAGAGACAGAGGAAGGCACCCAGCAAGGAAGUCAAACGAGUCAUGCCCUCUCAGCUGAACAAGAUGGCAGAAUCGCACCAGGAGGCAACGGAGAAAGAGGUGGAGAGGAUUUUAGGAUGUCUUCAGAGUUACUUUGCUGAUGACCCGGAGUCUCCCAUCUCCUACUACGAAUUUGUAAUCGACCCAAAGUCCUUUGCAAGGACGGUGGAGAACAUAUUCCACACUUCUUUUUUAGUCAGGGAUGGACUAGCUAGGAUUUUCCUGGACGAGGACAAGCUGCCCUGCAUUGCCCCUGUGGAGGAUGGCGAGGUGGAGAUGGGAGGUCCCACCAGCAGACAGCAGUGCAUAAUCUCCAUCUGCCCGAAGGAGUGGAAGGAGAUCAUCAAAGUCUUCGAAUUGAAAGAGGCCUUAAUUCCAACCCCUGCUUCAUACACCCAGGAAGACUAAGGGAGGACUAAUUAAAUAAUUUUGUGUUGUGUUUUUUUU